GCGUACGCUAACACUGACUCGUAGUCGUUGCAGCUCUCUUGGUGGAUGCCAUGCGAAACUUUUCGUUAUCAAGGAUGUAUGUUUUAUUCCUUUCAGCAGCUCCUCCAAGCCCCCCAUUGCCAUUUUCAUUUUGAUUUUCCUCGUACUAAUGUCUACCGGCUAGACUUUGUCCCACCUUUACAUUCACGUAGUAUCCGCGUCGAGCAGGUGUAGUCGCCGUCUUUUUGCUCGCGCAAGAGCUCUUCAAGUUCAAUAAAGUAGUACCUUGAUAACUGUGGGGUCUACUAGUGUGAAGAACCAUUGCCAUCCAUGGUCCCCCUAAUUAGCGACGAAAUAUCUCCCGCGGGAUUUUUGCUGCCAGUGGUUGUGACUGCAUUCGGAGCGUCCUUCGUGCGCGGUGUGACCGGUGUGGGAGACACUCUUUUUAUGUUGUGUUGCUGGAACCUGGGCUAUGUCAUUUGGGAAACGAACGCAUCCGCCGGCACUAGCAGUAGUACAUCUUCUAUUCCGUUAGCUCCAAGCACCGCAGCUCCAAGUACCGGGACCACAAGCAGCAGCAACGGCGACAGUACUAGUGUAGUCUCGGCGCUCACUUCUGGUCCACAAGGUAGUAACAACUCCGUGAUAGCCGCGAGUCGUGGCGCAGAAGCAGUGCAGCCUCAAGACACUCGAAACAACAACCCGUUUGCAGAAUACGAUUUUUUCGUCGGGCUCAUCACCUUGCUGCAGAUUUUCCAAGGCACCUACCUGGUGUACCUGCAGCGGAAGGCGGCUCCCGAAGUGUGGCGGUACGCAGUGCUCGUGGCGGUUCCCACACUGGCGGCCUCGCCGACGGGUGCGCUGGUCUACAGGCAGGUCGACGCCGACGUUAUCCGCACACUCCUGGCGCAUGUGUUUUUCUGGCUCGCAGCCCUCUGGUUUCUGUUGGAACAGUAUAGAAAGCGGAACAAAAGCGAGAAGGAGGACAAGAGCAACGCAAUUAUCGGUUCUGAUAAGAACGAUAGCGUCGCUGGCUGCGACGAAAAUGUUGACCCUAUCGCUUCAGGCGCACUAACCUCCACAUCCACACCUGCUACGAAGUCCGAGGUUGAGAUGGAAAUCAAUACGAGCGGGACCCCCUUUGACCACCUCGACACAGCCCUGACGUGGAGUACGCAACAAAGUACGCCGAGAACAAACGCCGUCCGUACCUUAUCGACAUUGGCGUUCUCACCUUCAGCAGCGAGUGAUGGCGCCUCGUCUGAUGUCUCUACACCGGUCUCCUCUGGUGCAGCGGGAGCACAAAAUCUAUUUUCCGCGAAUUCUAGUACUAACGUGAUACAACUAGAAGACGUCACGAUCGCGAAACCCGCUUGCCUGGCGGGGGACCGGAGUCCUCUGCAGGAGACCCACGAGCUGUUGCACCCGAUGAAAUUCCACUCAGAAGCCAAGAAGUCCUGCGAAAAAAUAUCGCAGGGCUACAACGGGGAGUGUGACAAUUCUUGUCGCAUUCACGAAGUUGUACGCGCCACGAGUCGUGGUGAUGAAGUGCUGGAAGAACAAAAUCGCUGCGAUGCUCCUGAACUUCGCGCAUUUCCACAGAAUGCAGCCGAAGGCAAGAAAGAUGAAGGGAAAACAGAAAAUGCUGUUGCAGUAGUAGUCACAGAUGAAGGGAAGCUGUCUUCAGGAGAUGAACCACAUCCAUCAUCAAACUGCCCUCCGUGUCCGUCGCCGACACUUCUGGGAGGCAUGCACUUGAAGCCUUACGUGCGGGUUAGCCUGGUCCUGACCGGUUUGGUGAGCGGGUUCUUCCUGGGGAUGGUCGGUCUCGGCGGUCCACCACACAUGCUACUCAUGCUGGCGCUUCCCGCGGCCGACUUUCCCUCCGCGUUCGCACGGUGUCUCUUUCCCUUGUCCGUCAUCGCCGAGUCCUACGUGCGGCUCGCCUUCGUGCACCAACACAUUCAAGUCACGCACUACGGCCUGCUGCUCUAUCUCCUGCCGAUCCUCGCCGGGUUUCUGGGUACCCACCUCGGCAAUCGACUUGCCCGGUACAUGCCGGAAAGCACGUUCCGCGCCCUCGUGUGUGUGCUCUUGGUGACGACGUCGCUCGUUCUGCUGGGAUUGCUCUCCGGCGAUGUAAUAGCCCUCGUGUUGCUCGGGCUCGUUGCCGUCGCUAUUGCUUUCGCGGCCAGGAAAAAGAGCGGUUGAAGGUUCUUGCGACAUCACACGAGAAAGCCUUGCCAGAACAACUGUGAUGUCCAAGACCGAAUCUGGUGGCGAUGAUUUCUAUCGAAAGGAUCUCUUGCAAUGUGAAAGCCGCUCGAGCUGUAGUUUGGAAGUUUAACGAGAUCCACGUUUGUACGAAGGCUUUGACUUAUACUGGUCGCUUUAUAUAUCAAUUGCAAGAAGUCGACGGACACUUCGGCGAGCAAACAAGACAUUGACUAGACGAUGAGGACAACAACAUAGGAGACAGGAAAGAAACAG